AUGAAGAUACGGAAUGUCUGUAGUGUGGUCUGCUUAAUAUGUAUAUUACAGUUAGCUUUGUCGCGUUCUGAAUAUGCCCCGGAAAGAAAGGAAAAGCGAAUUCUUCUGAAUGAUCCCAAUCUGAUAAAUUCUCAAAUGGAAGAUCUAAAGAGGGAAGUCCAAACACUGACAUUACAACUGUCCAAACUACAGUCAACCCACCAAUCUGAAAUUAUGCUGCUGAGGAAUAUGAUAACACAGAGCAACCAAGGUACAACGUACAUCAUUUGGGGUAAAAAAUCAUGUCCUUCAAUAAACGGAACAUCUACAGUAUACAGUGGAAUUUCGGGAGGAAGACUUUUCACAACAUCUGGCAGUGGAACAAAUACACUGUGUUUGCCACAUAAUCCAGAUCCCACCCCGUCGGAUUAUCCUAAGGCAUAUCAGGGAAACUAUGUUGCCUGGGGUACAAUUCAUGGAGCAGAGUACCAGUUUACAUACAGAAACAUCGCUGUUGAUGAUGACGUUCCUUGUGCUGUAUGUUUGUUGAUGCAUGCGUCAACAAUUAUGAUUCCCGCCAAAACAACGUGUCCAACAGGUUGGACCAUUCAAUACAGUGGAGUUUUGACUGCCGAACAAGACAGUCACCAUGGAUCAGACUUUCUUUGCUUGGACGGAAAUCCGGAGUAUAUGACUGAAGGAUCCCGAAUGAAAGAUUACAAUGGAAAACUCUUCUACCCUGUUCGGGCAGCAUGUGGAUCUUUGCCCUGUCCCCCGUACACAAGCCAACAACUUGUUUCCUGUGUUGUUUGUUCAAAAUAA